UCUCUCUCUCUCUCUCUCUCUCUCUCUCUCUCUCUCUCUCUUCUUCUUCUUCUUCUUCUUCUUCUUCGUUCAUUCCUCUUUCCAACCACACAAACCAAACCUACUCAUUCCACCCCUCAAAAACCGGGUCAAAUGACCCAAACCCAAGAAAAACCCACUAACCCAAUUCCCCAACCCCAAAAAAACCAAAAAAAAAACCAAUCUCAAUCUCAAUCUUCUUCUUCUUCAAGAAGCGGUAUGAAAUUAAUAGUGCCUCUUCAAGGUGUAGUUCAAGGUCGUGGUGGUCUUCUUCUCGGUAGUUUAAUCCCUUGUGCUCUUUUUUACUUUCUUCAAUUUUACCUUAAACGACGUCGUUCCAAUCACAACCCUUCUUCUCCUUCUUCUUCUCCUACGCUUCUUCCUCGUUCUUCUUCUCGUUCUAAUUUAUCCUCUCGCGGUUCAAUUUCUCGUGUUCGUGUCUCUAAACUCGCUUCAAUUCUUUCUAAACCUGAUGAUUCUCUCUAUUAUCUUGGUUUGGAUAGAGUUUCUCAAGAUCCUUUUCAUUCUUUGCUUAACCCCAAUGGAAUUAUUCAGCUUGGUUUGUCUGAUAACAAGUUGUGUUUGGAUUUGAUUGAGAAAUGGUUGGUGAAGAACUUGGAGGGAUCAGUGAUGGGGAAUGGUGAUAUCAAUUUGAGUAUUAAUGGGAUUGCACCUUAUCAACCGUUUCAUGGAUUGAACGAAUUGAAAAUUGCCUUGGCAGAUUUUAUGCAUCAGGUUAUGGGAGGAUCAGUGGAAUUUGACCCGUCGAAUAUGGUACUAACAUCCGGAGCAACUCCUGCUAUCGAGAUACUAUCCUUCUGCUUGGCAGACCAUGGAAAUGCAUUUCUUGUCCCUACACCUUAUUAUCCAGGCUUUGACAGGGACGUAAGAUGGCGUCCAGGGAUAGACUUAAUUCCUGUUCAUUGUCGAAGUACGGACAAUUUCAACCUAAACAUCACCGCCCUUGAACAAGCAUUUAGUCAAGCGAGAAAACGUGGAGUCAAAGUUCGUGGAAUUAUUAUCUCCAACCCUUCAAAUCCCGUUGGCAACAUUAUGACGCCUGAUAUGCUUUUCAGUCUUCUAGACUUUGCGGAAGAUAAAAACAUUCAUAUCAUUGCCGAUGAAGUAUUCGCAGGCUCCACAUACGGAAGCGAGGAGUUUGUAAGUAUAGCCGAAGUUCUUGAUUCCGAAUACGUAGAUAAAAGUCGUGUUCAUAUAAUAUACGGCCUUUCAAAAGACCUCUCGAUUGCCGGAUUUAGAGUCGGAGUUAUAUAUUCAUACAACAAAACAGUUUUGGAUGCAGCCAAAAAAAUGAGUAGAUUUUCGUCUAUAUCCGCUCCCACACAGAGAUUAGUCACUUCAAUGCUCUCAGAUACACGGUUCAUUCAGGAGUACAUUGAAACCAACCGUAAUCGAAUAAGACAGGUACGUGACGAGUUUGUUGAUUCUUUAACCAAACUAGGAAUCAAAUGUGCCAAGAGCAGUGCAGGUAUGUUCUGUUGGGCCGAUAUGAGCGGAUUAAUCAAACCUUAUAGCGAAAAAGGAGAACUCGAAUUAUGGGAGAAGUUCAUGACCGUUGCUAAAAUCAAUAUAACUCCCGGAUCGGCUUGCCAUUGCAUCGAACCGGGAUGGUUUCGUAUUUGUUUUACUACGAUAUCGUUUGAGGAAAUCCCUUUAGUUAUCGAAAGGAUUAGGAAAGUCGUCGAAAGUUGUAAAUCUUCCAAUUGAACAUUCUAUUAUUUUUUUCGACGAAAAUUAUCGUUAUCGCCUCAUGUUGUAGCUGUUUAAAAAAAUUUUGGGAAGGAAAUUAUACAUCUCUAGAUCUCAUUCAAGUUCAGGUUUCUUGCAGAAUGUAGAGUUUAUUAUAUUACAGAAAAAUUAAUCUCUUUUGGUGUA